UGCUGGAAGCCUGAAAAAACAAAACGGCCAUGUCUUGGUAGGGACGUCAUGUUCGAGGCGUCUAGCUCAGCCCUGUUGGCAAGCUGCAUAUCCAGAGCUAGAAUUCCAGGUCUUGCAGUUGGGGCUGCACGUUUUCUCUGGCAUAAUCAGUGCUCGUUUUAACUAUUUUUUCUGGUUUCUUCGCUAUUUGUUGUUCUCCUUCCUUUCGUUCACCCAAGUCUCAUCAUGCCUGCUACACAUAUCAACACAUUGAGAUUAUAUUCUCGGCUUCUCGAAUACACCGCCACCUCACCUUGCUGCAGCUGCCCUGCAUUUAUUUCCGAUCGCCAAGCCAUUUGACAUCGCCCCUCUUCACCCGAGACUUUUCUUCCUGGGAGAUUUUCUCGGAGCCCUUGAGCUUCUCUGUCUCAUUUGACAGUACUAAAGCUAGAAGAAACCCCGACAAUGACAUCCACGGAAAUCGCCCCGAACAACGGAGCUGGCCCGGCCCCGGCUGCCAAGCCAGCGCCGCCGGAGUCUACUCCGGGCGUUGUUACGGAGAAGUCUGCGGCGACCCCGCCUUUUCCGAAGAUAACAACCGCAGCCUCCGCAGCACCGUUGACGGCGACGGCGAUAGCGAAAGAAGACGACGACGGCGUUAAUCCCGUCGAGUUCGAGGGCUCGGUCGACAGCAACCACGACCUGCCGACUCCGGAAACCAUCCGCAAGAUCGACAGCUACGUCGUGCUGGACCGCGACGGCAAGUCGCACACCUUUCGCAGCCUGUACACUGGCAAGCAUACCGCGAGACGGGUGCUCAUUAUUUUUGUCAGGCAUUUUUACUGCGGUAACUGCCAAAACUACCUCCGCACCCUCUCGUCCCACAUAACCCCCUCCUCCCUCCUCGCCCUCCCCCUUUCGACAUUCAUUUGCGUAAUCGGCUGCGGCGACCCGGCCCUGAUCGACAUGUACGCCGCCGCCACCGACUGCCCCUUCCCCAUCUACGCCGACCCGACCCGCCGGCUGUACGCCGAGCUCGGCAUGGUGCGCACCCUGGCGCUGGGCGCCCGGCCCGCGUACAUGAAGCAGAAUCUGCUGGCGAGUAGCGUACAGAGUAUCGUGCAGGGCCUGAAGAAUGUGCCCAAGGGGUUGGCGCUCAAGGGCGGUGAUAGUAGGCAGGUUGGGGGGGAGUUUUUGUUUGAGCCUGUUGCUUUGGAGGUUGCUGGUGGUGGUGCUGUCGUGUCGCCUUUGAGUCCCGUAACUGGAGGACGGCCUAUGAUUUGGGGGGAGGGGAGUAAGGGAAGUGCAGGGGACGACGGAGAUGGUGAUGAGGGGGACAGGAGGAGGGUGAGUGAGGCUAGUUUGGAUGGGAAGGGAGAGGAGGGGGCCGAGGGAGAGGAUAAGAUUGUUACGUGGUGUCAUCGGAUGAGGAAUACGAGGGACCAUGCCGAGAUCCCGGUGCUGAUGGAGGUAUUAGGGCUUGAGGGAGCGGGGAUUCCGGUGGAGGAUGAUAAAGGAAGGUGACGGGGUCGAGUCAAGCCAGGGGGCAGGUGGGCGGCAGGAUAGGGUGCUGUCUGUUGCAGGUGAGCGUGGAGUUCGGAUUGGGCUGUGUGAUUCGGUUGCUUGGUGCUUGGAGAAUUCCGUGAAUGAUAUUGCUUCCCACAAGCCCUGCGGUGUUCGUGCGCAUAUCUGUCAGAAUGCGAGUGGUCCUUGAACGGGUCUCUUGUGCGACAGACAUACGGAGAGUUGCUCCGCCCAUUGCUGAGCUGGGUUAGUCGGCUAUGCCGCCAUCCGCCGACAUGGUACAGGUGCGAGCUAAUGUCAACGCUCCAGCUACGUGGGCAGCUCUACGACCCAAAGCAAAUAGGAAGUUGCCGGCGACACAUCGGAUCUGACAGGAGCUGGCCGCCAUGAGAGUCGAUAUCGAGCAGCGAG